AUGGCGCCUUGCACGGAAACGAAUGGUUUCCCACACUCAGACUUCGAAGUGAAGAAUGGGUUGUUGAACUUGGCAGAUCCAGCAACGAAAAAUGGUGUGCUGGAACCCGAAGCGCAGGAUGGAAAAGCUGGCAAAACCCCAGCCUUCGAUCACAACGACUACAACUCGCAUCUUCGCGAAUUGGAGCAGGACCCCGAUAUCCACCUCCAGGACCUGCGAGAACGUUCCUGGGACUCCGUGCUGUCCAAGGAGUUCAUCAUGCGAAUGCAUAAUGGCAUCUACGCAAAUGAGAAGAAGGGAUCUCGCAGUUGGCGCGGGGCAGUGUUGAUGAAGGAUUCCAUUUCCCUGGCGAAUUACCAGCGUUUGUUGCAACGCCUCAAACCUGGCACCAUCUUCGAUCUUGGCACUGCAGGCGGAGGUUCCGCUCUGUGGUUCGCUGACCAGUGCCGUGCCUUGCGCUUGAACACCAAAGUGAUCACUUUGGACAUUGUGGACAUGCGAGCGGCUGAGGUGAAACAACUUCACCAGGACGAGGGCAUCGAGUUUGUGAUCUGCGACGUCACCAAAGCCUUUGGGCAGCUGAAAACGCUCCAUUUGCCGAAGCCCUGGCUGGUUUCGGACGAUUGCCAUGUGGACUCCAAGAAACUCAUCGCUGAAUUUGAGAAGUUGGGCAUGGAUCAAGGCGACUAUAUUUUGUUUGAAGAUACUCAUUUGGCUACAGCGGAUGAGUGUGGGAUGAAUGCCGACAAACCCGAAGAGUACACAUGUGACCACUUUGCGAUCGGGAAGCAGACUGUGAUGAAGAAUGCGAUGAUGGAACGGGCGGAUGAUUACAAAAUCGACACUGACAUUCAGGACUGCUACGGUUACAAUGGUGCCCGUUAUGUCAACAGUGUCUUCGUUCGCGUUACAAAGGCUGUGCCGUCACUUGACAGCAGUUGUGGGGACAAAAUGUCAAAAGUUAUUUGA